GCUCAAUCCUAAUUUUGAGGUUUGUGGUAAAAAUUGCAAUUGGAUUGCAAAAGGCAUUACGUGGCUUCAUCAGGAUAGAGUAGUACUUCAUCGUAGAAUUGGUUGACCAGAAAUUGGCCUAUUAGAUCGCUUGAAGACUUUUAAUGUUUCCAACAAUCUUGUAUCUGGCCCAGUCCCUAAUUUUAUUAGCGCAACUAUACUUUCUGAAAGCUGUGCAAAUAAUUUGGGACUUUGUGAUGAUCCUUUAGAGCCUUGUAAGUCUAAUUCAGAAACAAAGAAACAUGACAAAAUCCUCUUCACAAGUGGUUUUGUGGUUGGAUGGGUGCUUUCUACCAUCUUGGCUCUAGUUCUUAACUUGUUUAUUGUGCCUAUCCUGAGUGCAAGAAAACUAAAGAGCAAGAAUGCGAAAAAAACAAGAGACUGCAGCUUCUCAAGGACCACGACUUUUAACUUCGAAUUGGAGAAUCCAAGACUCUAAGAUUAUGGCACUGGAAAAACAUGUACCAAGAAUGAGUUUCGAAGAACUCAGCAAGGCAACUGAUGGGUUCCAGUGUAUGAAUAUAAUUGGAACGGGGAAAUUGGGGACAAUGUACAAGGCAAUACUCCAAAAUGGUUGGUUUCAUGCUUUCAAGAAACUCCAUAACUCAUAUGAUUUCGAUCAAGAAUUUAUGUCUGAGCUCAUGACUGUUGGGAGGAUGAGACAUUGCAAUUUCGUACCACUCAUAGGCUUCUGCUAUGAAAUUAACAGCAGACUUUUAGUCUAUAAAUACAUGUCGAAUGGAAACCUCCAUGAUCUCCUCUUUUCUGCCCAAAACGGCAAGGUCAAGUGCAUAGAAUGGCCUAUGAGUGUGAAAAUAGCAGUUGGGAUUGCGAGAGGACUUGCAUGGCUUCAUCAGGUUGGAGUAGUCCAUAGCAGCAUUUGUUCAAGAUGCAUACUGCUUGAUCAUAGUUGUGAACCCAAGAUAUCCAACUUUGGAAGUGCAAAACUUAUGCCAAAAAAUUGGACUACAAGGAGGAAGAGAAAUUCUGGAGUUAACUACAGAAAUUCUGGAGAUGGAGUGGUAGACCAACAAGGAGACUUCAAACGUUGGUGGACUCAAAUCUCAGAGGCAAGGAAGAGGCCAAGGGGGAUGGAGCAUAUUGGACUAACUGCGACCAUCUUAUGGCAAGUGUGGAAAGAAAGGAAUAAGAAGGAAUUUGAAAACAUAAGCAGCUGCUCACCAGCUAGGACAAUUGGGAAAGCUCAAAAGGAAUGGCUGGAGCAAGUGGAAAUCAUAAACAUUAAACCCAGUCUGAGCACAGGAGAAACAACUUCCAACCAAGAAGAGCAUCAUCAGGAUCAUGCAGAAGAGGGUACCAUUAAUCUGGACGUGGCUACAAUAAGUCAUUAUGGCCAGGUCUCACUGGGGAUUGGAGUUACAGCUAGGAUGCACCCAAACAUCAGGAUUGCGGAAUGGGCGCUUAUAGAGAGAAGCCUGGGGGAUAAAGUCAUAAAUGAAGCAGUGGCCAUCAAGCUGGUUUUGUGCAAAGCUCUAGAGCUGAAUUGGAGUGGGAUCACGAUUCACUCCCAUAACCAGGAACUUUUGAGACAGAUAAAGUACAAGAGGCCGUCCAACAGCAGCUUAGCUACCUUGAUAGAUGACAUACUAAACAUGCAGAAGAUGUUUCGCAUGUGCCUUGUUUUGCUUGGUUAAUGAACAAAGUAUAGAAAGAAGUAAAAAAUUAAGUUCUCAUGCCUUAGGCAUUCUUGUGGAUAAGGAAAGGAAUUUCCUCGGUGCUACUGAGCAUUGGAUGUACAGUCUCUUCGAGCCUUUGCUCGCACUUGUAAUUUUCUCGUUACAAUGAAUGAAAUGAUCCUAACGUUUCGAAAAAAA